AUGGAAGAGGAACAAAAACUGGUUCAUGGAAGCACUAGUUUGGUGGGAAGUGAAGAAGUGAAUACCAAACUUGAGCUCACUAUAGAUGAAGUUUUUGAUGUGUAUGUAGGUUCCUUGGGCUUCUCUCAGCUGCUGCAUGUGUUCUUGGUGUCAUUGGCAUGGAUAUCUGAUGCUCAGAGUACAUUGGUGACAAUCUUCAGUGAUGCACAACCUUCUGCUUGGAGGUGCAAAAAUGGAUUGUGCCUAAGUAAUAAUAGCACAGCCAAAGCAAGUGGUUCUGUUUGUGGGUUGGUGCCUGGGACUUGGGAAUGGGUUGAUGGCCAUACAAGUUCCACCAUAGCUGAGUGGGGUCUAAUAUGUGAUCACAAGUUUCUAGCUGCAGUGCCUACUUCUGUAUUCUUCCUUGGUUCUCUUGUAGGUUCUGCUGUAUAUGGCUACCUAGCUGAUUCAUGGUUGGGGAGAAAAAGAACAGUGCAGGUUUCCUGCAUCUUAACAUCAAUAACAGCCUUUGCAACAUCUCUCUCCCCAAAUGUUUUGGUUUAUGCUUUCUUUCGCUUUGCAAAUGGGUUUUCCAGAUCAGGAAUUGGAAUUUGUUGCCUUGUUCUCACCACAGAAUCAGUAGGUAGCAAGUGGCGUGGUCAAGUAGGCCAAUAUGGCUUCUUUUUCUUCACACUUGGUUUUCUUAGCCUCCCUUUUGUGGCUUAUCCAACUAGAACUUGUUGGAGAAACUUGUAUAAAAUCUUGUCCCUUUUUCCAUUGGCAUAUUCCAUCCUAUUACUCCCUUUUGUUUCAGAAUCACCACGUUGGCUUCUGAUAAGAGGGAGAAGCAAAGAAGCUCUGGCAAUAUUGGAUAGAUUUGCUAGACUAAAUGGGAAGAAGAAAAUUCCUAACAAUAUCUCUUUGGCAAACCCUUGUGGAUUCAAAGAUGGAUGCACCAACGAAGGUGAAAUAAGCACAAACAACAUGGAAAGUCUUUGGACCACAACAUGGGCAGCUUCAAGAAUGGUUACUGUUAUGGUAGCUGGCUUUGGAGUUGGGUUUGUUUACUAUGGAGUUCAACUAAAUGUUGAAAACUUGAACUUCAAUCUUUUUAUCUCAGUUGCACUUAAUGCACUAAUGGAAAUUCCUGCAGUUUUUUUAGGUACUUUUCUCUUGGGGUUUGCUAACAGACGCUUGUUGUUCUCUGUGUCCUCUUACAUAGCUGGAGUUUCUUGUAUCCUAUGCACUUUCUUUUCACACAAAGGAGGAAGUUCAAAAGUGCAUGAAUUUGGAGGCAAUUGGAGUCAACUUUUUGUUGAAGCAAUUGGCUUCAUGGGUGCUUCAUUAGCAUUUGAUAUAUUGUAUAUAUAUUGUGUGGAACUUUUUCCUACAAAUGUAAGAAACUUUGCUGUGUCAAUGUUGCGUCAAGCUUUGAUGUUAGGGGCUUCAUUGGCACCUUUGCUUGUUGUGUUGGGCCGUUUGAGUCCAUCUCUUUCUUUCCUAAUAUUUGGGGCCUUCUCAAUUACUAGUGGUUUUUUGAGUAUUUGGCUUCCUGAGACUAGAAAUGCUCCUCUCUAUGAGACCCUGAAACAGCAAGAGGAGGAGGAGAAACAUAACCUGGUGUCUCAUGAUAGUGGCCUCGAGCUUGGAAAAUAA